GAUUUCUGGUAUUCUAAUUUUUCAUUUACGAGAAUAUCAUACUAGUCAUUCCCACCGCCUACAUAUUGUGAUCGUGAAUUGGGCAUUAUAUUUCUGUAAUUGUUAAUCAUGCCUCUUCAAUUCUCAUUUGGAGAUGGUUUAAGCUGUAACUGUUUAAAUCUAAGGAUCCUAGGAAUCCCGAAUGACACGAAACAGAAAUGGGUUCCUGUUCCUAGUGACCUUAUUCGUAUUAAAUUAUAUAGCCUAUCUCAGGUUCAUCAUAUAGAAGGGAAAUCGAUAGUUGCCUGUAAGGGAUGCUGUAUUUCACUUUUUGUCGUGAAGGAAGUAGUACACGAUCUGAAGCUGUAUCUGAAAGAAAAAGAAGAUGUUAAUGUAGAAAUUUACGUUUACGAAAAAGCAAAGCUUCUCUCUACCUUCAAAGAUACAAAAACUGUAUCUCAGUUUGGAAUUCGUAUGGACAUGCUUAGUUCGUUUCAAGACAUUACAAGUAAUGACCAAGAAAAUUUAAGAACUCAACUGGACCCGGAAAUAGAUACAUGUCUUAACAACCUUGUUUCCGAAAGAAAGAAGGAAAACCGACAAGCAUUGCUGGCAUUCCUUCGUUCCCAGCAGAAUUCUUAUGAAGAGUAUACGAAAAAACUCAGACGGGAGGCAUUUAAUUUAAAUCAAAAUACCUUACACGAACCCAAAAUUCGGUAUGAAGGCGAGAUGAAGGCUUUUGUGUCUCCAUUUCGUGAAAGUUUACCUAAUGGCAAGUCUGAAGUAAAACACUCUCAUCGCACUCGAAGAAGCAAAUCUAAGAAGCAUGUUGCAUUUACCGAUAAAUUCGAAGUAAUCUCUUCUGAUAAAGAGCACCCUACUGAACCGGCUGGAUCCCAUAAACAAAGCUUAAAUGCACCGCAAUUUCUAGAAGCCUUGUCAAACAAAGAUAAUGAUGGUUUAGAAGUUUCCUCUCCAACAAAAGACGAUUACAAUUCUAGUGAAGAACUUGCAUUUGAUAUAAGUUUCAGUGAUUCCAACGGUGAUGAACAGCCGCUUGAAACUACUCUUCCCAGCGGCACAGGUGAAUCAGAUACCCUGACCUCCGAAAAACAUUCCAAAGAAAAAGAUGUGUUCAUGGAAUUAGACUCUUCUUAUUCUGAACGCCUGCCCAUGACGAUACAAUCGUCCAGCUAUACGGAACGUACAUCUUCGUCAAGUCUGAGUUCGGACUCUUCAUUUGAAGCACCAACGGCAUCUUUUGUUGACCGUAAAGAAAGAUGGUCACGUAUGUUGCAAAAGGCAGACGAACAUAGUCGUAGUGUACGUGCUAAGAGUAUGGGCUACAAUUUAGCAAAUGAUGAUCCAAAUCUUAUUACCUCUUAUAAGCACUCUUUUUUAUCGCAUGGUUGGAAGAGUCUAAAUUAACGAGGAUCCUUAGAGCGCUUGGAAUAUCUUACUUUAAUUUUUACCUUUUAUUUUUGCUAUAAUUUUUGGAUGAAUAUGCACCUGUCACGAAUCAGUUUAAUGCAAAUAGUCAUGAUUUUUAUUAAUGAUAAUACUCUCAACAUUUGUGAACGAUUUCAGUAGACAAUGAA